GGGCGGGGAGGGGCGGGGCUAUGGAGAGGAGGAGGAAGAUGGCGGGCGGGCUGCUCUGAAGAGACCUCGGCGGCGGCGGCGGAGGAGGAGUGAAGCGCAGCGCCGCGCCGCGCCGGGGCCCAUGUGGGGAGGAGUCGGAGUCGCUGUUGCCGCCGCCGCCUGUAGCUGCUGGACCCGAGUGGGAGUGAGGGGGAAACGGCAGGAUGAAGUUCGCCGAGCACCUCUCCGCGCACAUCACUCCCGAGUGGAGGAAGCAAUACAUCCAGUAUGAGGCUUUCAAGGAUAUGCUGUAUUCAGCUCAGGACCAGGCACCUUCUGUGGAAGUUACAGAUGAGGACACAGUAAAGAGGUAUUUUGCCAAGUUUGAAGAGAAGUUUUUCCAAACCUGUGAAAAAGAACUUGCCAAAAUCAACACAUUUUAUUCAGAGAAGCUCGCAGAGGCUCAGCGCAGGUUUGCUACACUUCAGAAUGAGCUUCAGUCAUCGCUGGAUGCGCAGAAAGAAAGCACUGGUGUUACUACGCUGCGACAACGCAGAAAGCCAGUCUUCCACUUGUCCCAUGAGGAACGUGUCCAACAUAGAAAUAUUAAAGACCUUAAACUGGCCUUCAGCGAGUUCUACCUCAGUCUAAUCCUGCUGCAGAACUAUCAGAAUCUGAAUUUUACAGGGUUUCGAAAAAUCCUGAAAAAGCAUGACAAGAUCCUGGAAACAUCUCGUGGAGCAGAUUGGCGAGUGGCUCACGUGGAAGUGGCCCCAUUUUAUACAUGCAAGAAAAUCAACCAGCUUAUCUCUGAAACUGAGGCUGUAGUGACCAAUGAACUUGAAGAUGGUGACAGACAAAAGGCUAUGAAGCGUUUACGUGUCCCCCCUUUGGGAGCUGCUCAGCCUGCACCAGCAUGGACUACUUUUAGAGUUGGCCUAUUUUGUGGAAUAUUCAUUGUACUGAAUAUUACCCUUGUGCUUGCCGCUGUAUUUAAACUUGAAACAGAUAGAAGUAUAUGGCCCUUGAUAAGAAUCUAUCGGGGUGGCUUUCUUCUGAUUGAAUUCCUUUUUCUACUGGGCAUCAACACGUAUGGUUGGAGACAGGCUGGAGUAAACCAUGUGCUCAUCUUUGAACUUAAUCCGAGAAGCAAUUUGUCUCAUCAACAUCUCUUUGAGAUUGCUGGAUUCCUUGGGAUAUUGUGGUGCCUGAGCCUUCUGGCAUGCUUCUUUGCUCCAAUUAGUGUCAUCCCCACAUAUGUGUAUCCACUUGCCCUUUAUGGAUUUAUGGUUUUCUUCCUUAUCAACCCCACCAAAACUUUCUACUAUAAAUCCCGGUUUUGGCUGCUUAAACUGCUGUUUCGAGUAUUUACAGCCCCCUUCCAUAAGGUAGGCUUUGCUGAUUUCUGGCUGGCGGAUCAGCUGAACAGCCUGUCAGUGAUACUGAUGGACCUGGAAUAUAUGAUCUGCUUCUACAGUUUGGAGCUCAAAUGGGAUGAAAGUAAGGGCCUGUUGCCAAAUAAUUCAGAAGAAUCAGGAAUUUGCCACAAAUAUACAUAUGGUGUGCGGGCCAUUGUUCAGUGCAUUCCUGCUUGGCUUCGCUUCAUCCAGUGCCUGCGCCGAUAUCGAGACACAAAAAGGGCCUUUCCUCAUUUAGUUAAUGCUGGCAAAUACUCCACAACUUUCUUCAUGGUGACGUUUGCAGCCCUUUACAGCACUCACAAAGAACGAGGUCACUCGGACACUAUGGUGUUCUUUUACCUGUGGAUUGUCUUUUAUAUCAUCAGUUCCUGCUAUACCCUCAUCUGGGAUCUGAAGAUGGACUGGGGUCUCUUUGAUAAGAAUGCUGGAGAGAACACUUUCCUCCGGGAAGAGAUUGUAUACCCCCAAAAAGCCUACUACUACUGUGCCAUAAUAGAGGAUGUGAUUCUGCGCUUUGCUUGGACUAUCCAAAUCUCGAUUACCUCUACAACUUUGUUGCCUCAUUCUGGGGACAUCAUUGCUACUGUCUUUGCCCCCCUUGAGGUUUUCCGGCGAUUUGUGUGGAACUUCUUCCGCCUGGAGAAUGAACAUCUGAAUAACUGUGGUGAAUUCCGUGCUGUGCGGGACAUCUCUGUGGCCCCCCUGAACGCAGAUGAUCAGACUCUCCUAGAACAGAUGAUGGACCAGGAUGAUGGGGUACGAAACCGCCAGAAGAAUCGGUCAUGGAAGUACAACCAGAGCAUAUCCCUGCGCCGGCCUUGCCUCGCUUCUCAAUCCAAGGCUCGUGACACUAAGGUAUUGAUAGAAGACACAGAUGAUGAAGCUAACACUUGAAUUUUCUGAAGUCUAGAUUAACGUCUUUGGUUUUCCUACUCUACAAUCCUUUCCUUGACCAACGCAACCUCUAGUACCUUUCCAGCCGAAAACAGGAGAAAACACAUAACACAUUUUCCGAGCUCUUCCGGAUCGGAUCCUAUGGACUCCAAACAAGCUCACUGUGUUUCUUUUCUUUUCUUCUGGUUUAAUUUUAAUUUUCUAUUUUUAAAACAAUAUUUACUUCAUUUGCCAAUCAGAGGAUGUUUUAAGAAACAAAACAUAGUAUCUUAUGGAUUGUGUACAAUCACAAGGACAUAGAUACCUAUCAGGAUGAAGAACAGGCAUUGCAAGGACCCUCUGAUGGGAAGGUACUGAGAUAUCUCGGCUUCCGCUCGGCCCGGUUUUGACUGGUUGAAACCGGACAUUGGUUUUUAAAUUUUUUGUCAGUUUAUGUGGAGAAUUUUUUUCUUUCCUUCAUACCCAGCGCAAAGGCACUGGCGGCACUUGCAGGAAAAGUGCAACUUAAAGCAGUACCUUCAUUCAUGAAGCUACUUUUUAAUUUGAUGUAACUUUUGUUAUUUUGGGAAGGGUUGCUGGGUGGGUGGGAAAUAUGGUGUAUUUGUUACACAUAGUUUUCUCAUUAUUUAUGAAACUUAACCAUACAGAAUGAUAUAACUCCUGUGCAAUGAAGGUGAUAACAGUAAAAGAAGGCAGGGGAAACUUAUGUUGGAUGACAUUUAUGAGGGUCAGUCCCACAUACCUCUUUCAGGAGACAACUUGCACCAGUUUGACCUUUUCUUUUCUUUGUUUUUAUUUUAAGCCAAAGUUUCAUUGCUAACUUCUUAAGUUGCUGCUGCUUUAGAGUCCUGAGCAUAUCUCUCAUAACAAGGAAUCCCACACUUCACACCACUGGCUGAAUUUCAUGGAAGAGGUUCUGAUAAUUUUUUUAACUUUUUAAGGAACAGAUGUGGAAUACACUGGCCCAUAUUUCAACCUUAACAGCUGAAGCUAUGCCUUAUUAUGCAUCCACAUGUAUGGUCCCUGUAGCGUGACCUUUACUAGCUCUGAAUCAGAAGACAGAGCUGUUUCAGAGGCUCUUUGUGCCCUCACUAGAUAGUUUUUCUUCUGGGCUCAACCACUUUAGCCAGAAUUUGAUCAAAUUAAAAGUCUGUCAUGGGAAAACUAUAUUUUUGAGCGCAUGGAACAAAUUAUCCUUCCUCAUUCACAUUAUGUUGAUACAAAAGACCUUGGCAGCCAUUUCUCCCAGCAGUUUUAAAGGAUGAACAUUGGAUUUCAUGCCAUCCCAUAGAAAACCUGUUUUAAAAUUUUAGGGAUCUAAACUUGGUCAUACAUGAAAAGUAUACUGCUUAGAAAUUAUAGACUAUUAUGAUCUGUCCACAGUGCCCAUUGUCACUUCUUUGUCUCAUUUCUUCCCUUUGUUCCUUAGUCAUCCAAAUAAGCCUGAAAACCAUAAGAGAUAUUACUUUAUUGAAUAUGGUUGGCAUUAAAUUUAGCAUUUCAUUAUCUAACAAAAUUAAUAUAAAUUCCAGGACAUGGUAAAAUGUGUUUUAAUAACCCCCAGACCCAGAUGAAAAUUCCAAAGUCAAUACCAGCAGAUUCAUGAAAGUAAAUUUAGUCCUAUAAUUUUCAGCUUAAUUAUAAACAAAGGAACAAAUAAGUGGAAGGGCAGCUAUUACCAUUUGCUUAGUCAAAACAUUCGGUUACUGCCCUUUAAUACACUCCUAUCAUCAGCACUUCCACUGUGUAUUACAAGUCUUGACCCGUCCCUGUCGUAACUCCAGUAAGAUUAAAGUUACUGUUACUAGAAAAUUUUUAUCAAUUAACUGACAAAUAGUUUCUUUUUGAAGUAGUUUCAUCUUUAUUCUGACUAGCUUCCAAAAUUUGUUCCCUUUUUGAAUCGAGGUUUUUUUGUUUUGUUUUGUUUUCUGAAAAAAUCAUAUAACUUUGUGCUUCUGUUGCUUUUUUGUGUUUUGUUAAGCAUGUCCCUUGGCCCAAAUGGAAGAGGAAAUGUUUAAGUAAUGCUUUUUAGUUUAAAUAAAUUGAAUCAUUUAUAAUAAUCAGUGUUAACAAUUUAGUGACCCUUGGUAGGUUAAAGGUUGCAUUAUUUAUACUUGAGAUUUUUUUCCCCUAGCUAUUCUGUUUUUUGUACUUUAAAACUAUGGGGGAAAUAUCACUGGUCUGUCAAGAAACAGCAGUAAUUAUUGCUGAGUUAAACUAAAAAGUCCAGUGGACCAGGCAUUUCUUAUAUAAAUAAAAUUGGUGGUACUAAUAUGUA